AUGGAAGUGGAAGUUGUUACUGAAGAUGACUUAAGAGUACCUAUAGAAGCGAGGAUAGUUGUUCUAACAUUAGCUGUUGUGUUGAUGAACUUUGAUGCGGAUUUCAGAUAUGAUUAUGGAGAAACUGUAAAUGCUUUAAAGGGUAUGAGAGCUCAUUCUAAUGCUUCCAUGAAAUUAGACCAGGAUUUAAAAAACCAACCAGAUCCUCCUGCUAAGCCCUCCAUCAAGGAACCACCAGUUUGGGAGCUGAAACAGUUGCCCAGUCACCUCAGGUUAGUAUUUUUGGGUACUAACAACACUAUACUUGUGAUAUUGGCUGCAGAUUUAAAUGAAGGACAAGCACAGAAGGAAGAUGAACAUAUGGACCUUGAGGGACCAUUUCCCUAUGCCAUUUAUGGAUCAAAUAUUGGACAGAUAUCCAUUGCUCCUGAAGAUCAGGAAAAGACUACAUUUACAUGUACCUACAACACCUCUGCAUUUAAACGCAUGCCAUUUGGAUUAUGUAAUGCACCAGCUACAUUUCAAAGGGCAGUGCAGAGACGUGAGGAAGCCAACUUGGUGCUGAACUGGGAUGAAUGCCACUACAUUGUUAAAGAGGGCAUAGUUCUUGGACAUAAAGUAUGCUAUAGGCAUUUCAUCAAGGACUUCUCCGAAGUUGCACACCCCGUGUGUCAGCUUUUGGAGAAGGAGGUGAAAUGUGUCUUUGAUGACGCCUACCUAAAAGCCUUCAAAAUCCUAAAAGAGAAACUGAUCUCAACACCUAUAAUCAUUGGUCCAAACUGGGCAGAACCAUUUGAAGUGAUGCAUAAUGCCAGUGGAACUACAUUAGGUGUUGUAUUCUGUCAGAAGCGCAACAAGAUGUUCCAUCCGAUUUACUUUGCUAGUAAGUCCUUGAGUGGAGCACAACGAAAUUACAUGGUCACUGAACAGGAAUUGUUGGCUGUAGUGUAUGCAUUUAAGAAAUUCAGAGCUUAUUUGCUAGGCACCAAAGUAAUAGUUUACAAAAAUCAUGCUGCUCUGAGGUAUCUCAUGUCUAAGAAGGAUGUCAAACCAAGGUUAAUCAGAUGGGUGUUACUAGUUCAAGAAUUUGAUAUUGAAGUAAAAGAUAGAAGAUGUUGUGAAAAUCAGGAUGAGCCUUAUUUAUACAGAGUAUGUGUUGAUAACAUCAUCAGGGAAUGUGUUCCACAAGCUGAAAUGUUAUCUAUUCUGCAAGCUUUUCAUUCCUCUUCUGUAGGUGGGCACCAUGGUGGAGCUCGAAUAACUCACAAGAUAUUUCAAUGUGGGUAUUAUUGGCCAACUAUUCACCAGGAUGCAUCUAUGUUGGUACAAUGUUGUGAUGUAUGCCAAAGGCAAGGAGCCAUAACAAGGCAUCAUGAGUUACCUAUGACACCCAUUUUGGAGGUAGAGAUUUUUGAUGUGUGGGAAAUUGAUUUCAUGGUCCCCUUUGUAAGUUCAUAUGGACAUAAGUAUAUUGUGGUAGCAGCGGACUAUGUAUCCAAAUGGGUAGAAGCUAUAGCAUUACUUGAGGAUGAUGGCAAGAGUGUUGCAACAUUCCUAAAGAAGAACAUUUUUGUAAGAUUUGGGACACCUAGAGCUAUUCCUAACGAUGGUGGAUCUCAUUUUUGCAACAAAGCAUUCAGCGCACUUUUAACCAAGUAUGGGGUGAAACGACAUAAGGUAGCUACACCAUAUCACCCACAAACCAGUGGCCAAGUGAAAGUGUCUAACAGAGAAAUCAAGACAAUUUUGGCUAAAUCAGUAAAUGCUUGUAAGAUCCCAAAAAUGACUUAG